AAAAUGAGGGGAAACUACCAAGUAGAGCUCCCAGACGACUUCUGGAUUCCCAUCCCUCUGGACACCAACAACAUCACAUCCCUCAGCCCGUUCCUGGUUCCCCAAGAUCAUCUUGGGAGCCUGGGAAUCUUUUAUUCCAUGUCAGCAUUCAUGUUUUUCCUGUUCGUGGCUGGUACCUUCAUUAAUACGCUCACUAUUGCAUGUACUGUUCAAUACAAGAAGCUCCGGUCCCAUCUGAACUACAUCCUGGUGAACUUGGCUGUGGCGAACCUCCUUGUCUCCUGUGUGGGCUCCUUCACCUGCUUCUACUGCUUCGCCUUCAGAUACAUGAUUGCCGGUCCACUGGGGUGCAAGAUUGAAGGAUUUGUAGCAACUCUUGGUGGUAUGGUCAGCCUGUGGUCUCUUGCUGUGGUUGCAUUUGAGAGAUGGCUUGUUGUCUGCAAGCCAAUCGGAAACUUCUCCUUCAAACCUCACCAUGCUAUAGCUUGCUGUGCGAUGACUUGGGUCUUUGCUUUGAUAGCAUCUGUCCCUCCUCUGGUUGGAUGGAGUAGGUAUAUCCCAGAGGGCAUGCAGUGCUCCUGUGGACCAGACUGGUACACCACCAACAACAAGUUUAACAAUGAGUCCUAUGUGAUGUUCCUCUUCUGCUUCUGCUUCGCUGUCCCUUUCGCUACCAUCAUUUUCUGCUACUCACAGCUGCUUCUUGUGCUGAAAUCGGCAGCGAAGCUCCAAGCAGAGUCGGCCUCCACCCAGAAAGCAGAGAAGGAGGUGACCAGGAUGGUGGUGGUCAUGGUGUUUGGUUUCCUGGUGUGCUGGAUGCCCUACGCCUCCUUCGCUCUUUGGACUGUCAACAAUCGUGGCCAACCAUUUGACCUGAGACUGGCGACAAUCCCCUCCUGUCUGUCUAAAGCCUCCACAGUCUACAACCCUGUUAUCUACAUCCUCCUCAAUAAACAGUUCCGCUCUUGUAUAAGGACGAUGCUGGGGAUGAGUGCUGGUGAUGAUGAGGAGUCCUCCACAAGUCAAUCAGUUACUGAAGUCUCUAAAGUCGGACCUGCAUAG